CCAGGCAGAUGGGGAGUGAGAUGCGGAUGUUGUACAUCGGGUUGGAGUGGCUUGGGCCAAAUGGCGGUUAGCUUCAGGAGUGUUGUGUGAUCCGAAGAUUUCGCCUAGAAUGAAAGGUAAGUUCUAUCGAUCCGUAGUCAGACCUGCUAUGUUAUAUGGGGCAGAGUGUUGGGCGGUUAAGAAGACUCAUGUGCGUCAUCUGAAUGCGGCGGAGAUGCGGAUGUUACGAUGGAUGUGUGGGAAGACAAGGUUAGAUAGGAUUUCGAACGAAGUUAUCCAACGUCAGGUAGGCAUGGCACCGAUGGAAGACAAGUUGUGGGAAGCGAGGUUGAGAUGGUUUGGCCAUGUGAGACGGCGGGAUGUUGACGCCCAUGUACGGAGAUGCGAGAGUAUUACGGUUAUCGGGGGAAGUAGGGGAAGGGGUAGACCUAGGAAGAAUUGGAAGGAGAUGAUUAGGCAGGAUUUAGGACUCCUCGAGCUGACUGAGGAUAUGGCCCUAGAUAGGAACCUUUGGAAAACUAGGAUUAGAGUAGCUGGAUAUGAGCUCGGUGUUGUAGAGGUGGAGCCGGGGGUUUCUUGGAAACAGCCUCCCUACUUCCGAGUAGGGGCAAGGUCUGCGUACACACACCCUCCCCAGACCCUACUGUUGUGGGAUUCAACUGGGUUGUUGUUGUUGUCCUUAACAUAGAGUCGUCAGAACGUGUUCACUCCAUGGAAAAAGCGUUAUCUAAACCAAGCCCAAUAUACCCGAUAAUAAUUCAAUCUAAUUCCAGCCCAAAAGGCCUAAGGCCAUCUCCAAUGGGAUGCCCAAAAGAGAUGCUAGGAGGAGAGAGAGUGAGAUGUUCGUGGAUGCUAUUAUUGUAGAUAGAUGCCCAAUAAAGAUGCUCAAAGAGAAAAAUGAAAGGAAGAUGCUUGG